AUGAACCUCGGCGAUUUGAAAGAAGAAGACCUGAUUCCCGGCUGGAACAACAUCUACCAACAGUCAAACGACCUGAUCGACGACGAAGACAUCAAGAAGUUCGAAGCGUCGAUCCAAAACCAAAUCACCAUCGUCCGCAAGUCCUUUACCGCUCAAGAAGACUCGGUUCAAGUGGAGGCGCUUUUGCCCAGCUUCGUCAAGAUGCUUUACUCGGAAGACGCGGAGCAGUGCUCGGCCAGCAUGAGGAAGAUUAUGCACUUGGCCAAGACGGAGAGCUUCGCUACCGUCUUGAUCAGCAGCCUCGAUCUCUGCCCGGCAUUGCUGCAUGUCGCCUGGACGAGAUCCAGCAAUUCUAUUCUGGCGCUCAAAGUUAAGGAUAACAUCAUUUUUAGAUAUAAACUAAAGACUAGACUCGUUCUGAACAUUUUCGCCUCCUAUCCUCUCGGCCGAUCUAUCAUCUUCCGCAGCCAGUUCUUCUACUCAAUCACCUACAUUCUCAAGCAAGAAUACAAGAGCCAAAGCCAAGACGUCGACACGAUCAAGAACUGUCUCUCGAUUCUCAACAAAUUGAUGAAAUCACUUGGCGGCGAAAUAGCAGCUCCGUUGAGAGCCCACGAGUUGAUCGAAAUCCUAACCGGCUUUUUGGACAGCCUCGACCCCAAAAUCCUUCUUCUGGCUUUGAGCAGCUUGAUCUUGGUUUGCAGCCAAGACUCCAAGUCGAGAAUCAGAAUGGCGCGAACAAGGACCGGCGUCGAACGAGUUCUAGUGCUAAUGCGCAACCCUGGUCUGGGCAACACGCCUUCGCUGGCGACGGGACUUGCCGAUCUCCUGGCGAUUUUGUCGACGGAAGACGAUCUCAAGCGAAUGUUGUUGGAAAAGGGGGCGCAGGAGUCGUGCAUGGCCGUUUAUGCAGAAUUCUCGAGCGUUAAAAUUCGCGAGCGCAUUUUGAUUACGCUUCGCAACUUGUCCGAUCGGCAACAAGAGGACAACUGUGAUGCUCUUAUUCAGAUCGGCCGAGCAAUUUUGGCAAACAACGACGAAGAAAUGAAGAACUCGCAAAUCCUUGCCGCGGGAAUGCUGUGCAAUCUGACCGCGAACUUCAAGCACAACAAACUAUGUUUCCUGGAAAAGGACGGGAUCAAGUACGCCAGUGCGCUAGCGAAGAGAGUUUUGGCGACGAUGAGCUCGGAUCAUUCAGACGAGCAUGUUCGACUGGCGAUUCCGCUUUUAGGAAAGGGACUUUUUCUGUUUGAAAGUGUUGUUUAA